UCUUUGGCGGCAGCUCCCGCUGUAGCUCGGCGGCCCACCGCUCCUGCUGCAGCUCGUAGGGGCGGCGCUCCCGCUGCAUUUCGGAGGUGCGGCGGCUCCCUCUGAAGCUCGGCCGCGCGGCGUUCCCGCUGCAGCGAGGAGGCUCCAUCUGAAGCUCGGCAGGGCGCCGGCUCCCGGCAGCAGUCCGAGCAGACACCGGCGGGAUCCGAACUGAAUCUCGAGGGAAGACGGUGAUCGGUGAUGAAGCUCCUCGCAUCACCUCCGCCGCCGCUGUUCCCCUCCACUACCACCGUUUAGCACCACGCAGUAUGGUGCCAUCAUGCGCCGUUAUCAUCAGAUGAAUUGGAAAUUAACAGUAUUAGGCAUGUGUAACAUUCCCUAUUAGCCAUAAAAGACUUGUGUUACAUGCCAUUUCUGCAGAUGUCAAUCUUGGCUGCAACUAAAGAUGGAUAAUUAGUAAUUAGUCAUUGUCCGCACAGACAAGAAAAGGCGCAUGCCACUCUGUGUAUUAUGUUGUUCUUCAGAAUGACAAUGCGUGCAAAGUUCUUGUGUACAUUGCUUUAUUAAUUAGAGCUUUUUUGUAAUACAGUACAUUCUUAGCAACAACAAAACUGAAAAAUGUCUAGAUGUUCAAGAGUAUUUUAUUGUGAAAAAUGUCUAGAUGUUCAAGAGUAUUCUUAGUAACAGUACAUUCUUUGUAAUACAGUACAUUCUUAGAUGUAUAUAUGUACUUCACAAUUGACAUAUAUCAAUUAGCAUACAACGAAAUCAAUAGAAGAAUGAUACUGUAUUGUGUAAUUUAGAACAUACUUAUCUAGUAGUGGUAGCUUUCACUCCCCAGUAUAUCUAAAUGUUUAGAAAAGCAUUCAAUCCCCGCAAAUGCAUCCAAAAUACGUGAUAGAAAAGGUCUCAGAGGGAGUGGUUGGGGUAUUCUACUUGGUAGGCUUGGGCUUUGGCCCGCGUAGCGAUUUAAUUUUGGACCAAAAAAUUCAGGCCCGAGACGCUAACGCUAAGGCCUAAUUUUAGCGCUAAAUGACCUCUAGCGCGCUAUUAGCACGCUAACCCGUCGUAUCUAAAAUCAAGCUUUGCGUAGCGCCGCGUGCUCCUGGAUGCGUAUAGCGACGCUAUAGCGCGUUAUUUAAAAGUUUGGUACCCCUCAAAAAAAAAGUUUGGUAUUUUCUUAUUAAGUCACAGAUGAUUCUGAGUUCACAUCUCACAAUUUAACACACAAGUCACUGCACGACGUAAAUGAUCCUGAUUUCACAUCUCCGAAUUUAAAAAAUCAUAACAUAAUUGAAAUUAACACAGCAUCCUACUGCAAUAAAAUUAUAGCUUCCUUUUCUACUUUGGGGCCAAUUUCUUCCUGGAUGUUUUAGCUUGAAGGCAUCUCAACAAUAGGAGUUGCUGGAGGCGCACUAGUUAUCUGAGAUGGCUGAGAUGCAUCGUCUUGUUCUACAUCUUCAGGAACGCAUCUUGUCAUGGAUGAAAAGAAAUGGACACGAAAAAGAAAAAUGACUUCUCAAAAUCAAGAAGAAUCACAAUCAGCAUGGCAUAUGUCCUCUCUACAUCUUCAGGACCGCAGCAUGCUCGGAUUGACGGAGAGUUUCAGAAAAUUAAAGCAACGGGAGCGGCAAGUUUCCCGAUAACUGACGGGAGAAACUGGGAACUGAAUCGGAUUCAGAGAAAGGAACUUUGACGCGUCCUCCAUCUUGUGCAUGCACAUGGCCUUUUGGUCUUUAAAUAUGAGUACCCCUUCUCGUCCCAAAUCCCAGUCGCCCGCACUCCAUCCACAUCAACCCCUUCCUAGCUAGAACCCUCGCACCAGAUCGGGCAACCGCCGGCCAAGAUGGAAGAGUUCGACGUCGAUGGCAUCUUCCAGCACUAUCGCCUGAACCCUACGGAAGUGGAGGCCGUUACCUACUACCUGCCACGCCUCCUCUCCGGCGAGACGCUGCAUGGCGUCGAGAAGCUCAUCCACGACGUCGAAAUCUCCGGCUGCGAGCCCAAGGAUCUGGCCGCCCGAUACGCGCCCGUGCCGCAGGCCGCGGGCAGCGGCGACCGGUUCUUCUUCACCACGUGCAAGAGCAAGAACGGGAGCAAACUCCAGAGUGUGCGCAGCGCCGGCGGCGGCACCUGGACCAUCCAGAAGACCACGGAGAUUAGCCACGCGGGAGCCAAGGUCGGCGAGGUCAAGAACCUGUCCUUCAAGAAGAAGGGCAAGUCCACAGGCUGGGUCAUGGAGGAGUAUCGGUGCCUGCUGCCGGAGGCCACCGUCGCCGAGGGAGUGAAGGUGUUCUGCAAGAUGCACUUGGCUCAGCAUGCUCCUGCUCCCGCCCGCCAAGAAUCGGCCGCGUACAAGCUUCAAGAACCGCAGCCAGAGGCCGUAACUGCACAGAGGAGGCCAGCGCCGGCUGCCGCCUCCGAUCCUCAUCCCCCGCGCCCCAACAAGAGGAUGCGAGGUGCUGUCCCCGUCCCGGUCCCGGCACCUGCCACACCGUCGUUCACUGAUGCUGCACCGGUUUUCUUGCCGGAUGAGUCCAUACCUGAAGCUGACGACGACAUGGGCCAGUUCUCUUGCUCAAUGAAAGAGCUUCUCGGGCUGCAAGUCGAUGGAGAGCUGCAGUUCGAUGAAGCAGCAGCAGAGCAAGAGCGGCAGGCCAUCUCGACGAACGAAAAGUCAUCCAUGGUCCAAGACGUGGGGACUUACAAGCCGCCGGCGAUCUUCUCCCAUCCAUCUGAAGCGGAGUGGCAGGCCGACGAGGCGCUCGGGAAGGAUGGGGAGGCAUAUGGUUUUGAUGUCGAAGAACUAGAGAGAAUGAUGGAAGCCGACGAGGCGCUCAGGAAGGAGAUGAGGUACAACGCUGCGCCGGAUGGGGAGGCAGAUGGUUUUGAUAUUGAAGAACUAGAGAGAAUGAUGGACCAACAUGAACCUCUGUACCUGGAUGCCUUGGACCAAGGCAUGCUGCAGUCCGACAACUCUGCUUUCCAUGAUGCUGAGAAGGAGGACAUGCUGCAGUCCGCGUCGGAUCUUGACGCUCCAUCGCUUCAAGGACACGACCACUUGUUCCAAUCGCAGUCGAGCUCCUUCGAUCCAUUUGAAGCAGCAUGGAAGGCCGAAGAAGCGCUCGAGAACGAGAAGAGGAACAAUGUCGUGGCCAAUCUGCUUGGAGGACACAACAACUUCUUCUCGUCUGCAAGUGUCCAUUAAAUCCGAUGUUGAAAUUGUAUGCAAAGUGUACACGAGGAUACUCACUGGCUGAUAUAUUAGUUCGUCCUUGUACCAUCGCCACGGAUGUACCUCUGAGCAAUUUGCUCCACUUGUUCAUGCAAGCUACUAAAACUGUUGUUGUUCCUGCUCCUGUUAUCAUUGUUCUGAACCUUGUGUUCGUAA